GAGCACUACUCCCUGGAGGCCUGUCCAAGUCCCUCUGAAAACUAAGAUGAGUAACUGCUCACCCUGAGGUUGCUUUCCUGACUGUGAUUAUUUCACAAUCUAGAAGCAGGAACUGUUUAGAAAACAGAAACUGGCUACUGUGUCACAGCCUUGUCACCCCUUCCUAGGCGCUUCCUCUUCUAUCACACAGCUGGGGCCUCACUCCUCUCACAGAGCAGAGAGUCCGGGUCCUCCGGGCACACACUUGGACACAGCAGGCCCCUCAGGCCUCCAGGAUGCCCAUCCCUGCCUCCUGGCCCCGCCCUCCUCCUUGCCUGCUGCUGACUCUACUGCUGGGCCUCCCAGGAGGGGCAGGUGCGGAGCUGCAGGUGAUUCAGCCUCAGAAGUCAGUGUCCAUCAGAGCUGGACAGACGGCCACUCUGAGCUGCACUGUGACAUCCCUGACCCCCGUGGGGCCCAUCCUAUGGUUCAGAGGGACAGGGCCAGGCCGGGAGUUAAUCUACAGUCUCAAAGGAGGCCCCUCCCCCCGAGUAACAUGGGUUGCAGACAUCACGAGGAGAGAAAACUUAGACUUUUCCAUCCGCAUCAGUAACCUCACCCCAGCAGACACAGGGACCUACUACUGUGUGAAGUUCCGGAGAGGAGGUGAUGACACGGAGCUCAAGUCUGGAGCAGGCACUCAGCUCAGCGUGAGUGCCAAACCCUCUCGCCCUGUGGUGUCGGGCCCCACGGGCAGGUCGCCGCCUGGGCAGACAGUGAGCUUCACCUGCCAGUCCCACGGCUUCUCCCCCAGAGACAUCACCCUGAAAUGGUUCAAGGAUGGGAACGAGCUCCCAGCCUCCCAGACCACCGUGCACCCAGAGGGAGACAGCCCUUCCUACAACGUCUCCAGCACAGCCAGGGUGCUGCUGGCCCCGGGGGAUGUCCGCUCCCAGGUCAUCUGCCAGGUGGCCCACGACACCCUACAGGGGGACCCUCCUCUUCGUGGGACUGCCAACGUGUCUGAGGCCAUCCGAGUUCCGCCCACCUUGGAGGUUACCCAACACACUGUGUCAGAGACCCAAGUGAAUGCCAUCGCCUGCCUGGUGAAGAACUUCUACCCCCGGCGCCUACAGCUGACCUGGCUGGAGAACAGAAACACAUCCCGAACAGAAACGGCUUCAACCCUCGUAGAGAACAAGGAUGGGGCCUUCAGCUGGAGGAGCUGGAUCCUCGUGGAUCUGUCUGCCCACAGGGAGGAUGCGAUGCUCACCUGCCAGGUGGAGCACGAUGGGCAGCCGGCGCUCACCACAAACCUCACCCUGAUGGCCUCUGCUCACCAGAAGGACAAGGACAAAGUUGCUGUUAAAGGAUAUUAUGAAGCUGAGGAUCAGCAAUUUCAAGACAUAACAGCAAGCCUCUUCACAGACCUCCAGGGUCACAAGACCAAGCCAUAUCAGACUGAUAUUAAAGGCACAGGCAGGUCCAAAAAGCAGACAAAUGAAAUCCAACUAUCUUUUAAAAUUCAUUUGGUUAAGUUAAUUAAACAUGUGAAGCCAAUUAUACUUCUUUGUAAUAUAAACUAGUUUAAGGAAGGAAAAGACAGUACUUUAUUAAACUAAUAAAAAUGUAAAUAGAAGUAAAAAGAAAGGAGAAGGCAAGUGACUAAGAACAUGACUUUUACUGAUAUUUUAUUUUUAGGGCCCAUACUCUGGGCCUGAAGCUUCUUGGUUUUCAUGUUGUACAGGCACAAUCAGUGGGUCCAACACACUCAUCAGGCUAAUGUUUCCCUCAGAUGCCUCCUCACACCAGAACUACCCAAAGCAUCAUUUUCCUGGUAUAUCUUUGUGUCUUUUUCACCCUCUAUUCUGUCUUUCACAUUUGUUCAGCCGUUUUCAAUAAUCCCAGUUGGUGACUAGUGAACACCUCUAAUAAUCAUGGCUGUUUCCCAACUGUCAGGCCCAGGUUUGCACAGAUAAAGAAUACAAAUGCCCCGGCAAUUAUCACAAAAAUGUAAAUCCUAGAUAUUCACAACAUUCAUACAUCUCUCAGGAACCUGAGCACUAUGUUAAGGCAGUCACAUCAUAGCUCAGUAGUGCGACCCAAAAUACAAUGAACUUUUGCCUCAGUAAUAAAAAAAAAUGUUAAAAUGCCUGUGAAAUAAAUUUCAUUUAUUAUGCAAAUAUGUAUAUAAUCUAAAUUUUCUUAAUACUUACAGUAGAGAAGUUCAAAGUCUUUGCUACAUAAAAGAAUAUGUCCUAAAACAAUCUAAAGAAUAUGGAGUAGUAUUCGAGUGUGUAACUUUAUAAAAGAACAUAUUAAGUGCACACAUACUCUAAACAAAGCACGGGGG